CUGAUCAGUGGUCUCACCGGAGUCCCAAACUGGUCGAUGACGCUCCGUCCAGACAGCCAAUACCGUGAAGGUAAACAAUGCGCGCGGCCAGCUGGUCUCGCUCCGGUCAGCAAACUUGAGUCCAAAUCAGUUUUUAAAACAUUAACAGGACCAUCACCCAUUUGUCCAUCACAUGACGCUCCAGCUUGUGAGGGUGACAUAGUCCAAAAACUGCCUACCGUCUUCAUCUGCAAUGACAGAUAAGGUAAAAGAGCUCGUUUCCAAGUGCCUGCAGGCCCGGGACAUGGCAUACUGCCCCUACAGCCGCUUCCCUGUCGGUGCUGCAAUACUGACAACAGAUGGCGCUAUAAUCACAGGCUGUAAUGUGGAGAACGCCUCCUACGGUCUGACGGUGUGUGCUGAGCGGACGGCCAUCCAGAGGGCCGUGGUGGAGGGACACAGGCAGUUCACUGCCAUCGCUGUCACAUGUGACAUCAAAGACCGCUUCGUUGGGCCAUGUGGAGCAUGUCGACAGGUUCUUAUGGAGUUUGGAUCAGAGUGGAUUGUAUACCUGACCAAGCCAGACGGAUCUUACAAAGAGACCAGCCUUAAUGAACUGUUGCCGCUCGCCUUUACCCCAGCUCACCUGAACAACUGAUGAAGCAUCAACAGCAUCAUUGGACGUAGCUUUAUCUUGAGUAUUUUUGUGCUUUGUAGCUUCUAUGUCUCUUGAAUUGUGUUUAUGGCAAUACUGCAAAUUUGGUAAACAAUAAAACAUUUUUUCC